AUGCACUCGUCGACUGAAUCUACUGCCAAGGUUGCAGUCCCCGGCAUGGCCCUGCCAGGCGCGAACGAGCCGGCCAUGGCGCUGGAAACUAUCCCCAGGGCACUGACUGCUACUGGUUUUGUCGUCCCGGGGCGGCAUGGCGGCGGCAGCGGCGACAUCGCGGCGGCGGCGGCGACUCGCUCGUCCGGGAAUCCUGCUGCGGAUCCCUCCGGAAGCAGCGGCAGCAGCAGUAGAGCGGGACAUGAUCAUUGCAGCCAAUUUCGUGUGCUGGCUGCUCUCCCGGCGGCGGCCCCUCCCGCCGACAGCGGCACUAAUAAACUGUCAAGGUCGUCGUCUUCCGUGCUGAGGAAGCUGCUGAGCCCUCGCGGUCUCGAUGACGACAACGAGGAUGCGGGGGCAUCGCGCAAGAAUCAUCGGCCCCGCCGCUCUUUCAGCUGCCCUAGUCGUAAAACGGCCAAGCUUGCAACGGACGACAGAAAUUUUUCGGGUCCCAGGUGCUGUGGCGGCGGCAGCAGCACGGCCGCGUGGCUACUCGAGAACGCGGUCAACAACCUCCUCGGCGGCGUCAUCACCAGGUUCCAGCAGGGCCUACGGGCCGGCGACUACAAUGACGGAGACUUGGCGGCGAAGAACGGCCACAUGCACAUCGUGACGCGUGUGGCGACCACGUUCUCCGACCGGGCGAUGGCGCUGGCCGCGGCGCAGGGACACCUCGAGAUGGUCACGUACCUCCACCGCAGCAGGGAGGAAGGCACGACGACGGAGGCGCUGGACUCGGCGGCGACGUCGGGGCACCUGGAGGUGGUGGAGUUCUUGCACGAGAGCCGGCGGGAGGGUUGCACGACGAGGGCCAUGAACGGAGCCGCAAGCAACAACCACUUGCACGUGCUCGAUUUUCUGCACAAGAACCGCUCGGAAGGCGCAACGGCGGCAGCGAUCGACUCCGCCGCCCACAAUGGGCACAUCCAAGCGGUGCGAUGGCUCACCUCCAACAUACCCUCCCUCGCCGCCACCACCGCGGCGAUGGACGGUGCCGCCUGCGCCGGCCACCUGGAGGUCGUGAAGUACCUGCAUGAGGCUCGCGGCGAGGGCUGUACGACGGAGGCCAUGGAUGCGGCUGCCCGGAGAGGCCACUUCGAGGUGGUCAAGUUCUUGCACGAGAACCGCGAGGAAGGGUGUACGACUGCCGCGGUGGACAACGCCGCCUCUGGUGGACACUUGGGUAUCCUCAAGUUCCUGGUGUCCAACCGCGGGGAAGGCGGCACCGUGUACGCGAUGAUCCUGGCGGCCUGGCACGGCCACCUGGACGUGGUGAAGUGGCUGCACCACAACCGUGAUGAGGGAUGCACGACCAGCGCCAUGAACGGAGCGGCGUACAACGCGCACCUCGAUGUGGUCAAGUGGCUGCACGUACACCGGAGCGAGGGGUGCACGAAGUCGGCGAUGGACGUGAGUGCCAUGCACGGCCACCUGGAGGUGGUGAAGUGGCUGCACGAGAACCGUCCCGAGGGCUGUUCCACGAACGCCAUGGAUUGGGCCGCGAAGGAGGGGAAGCUGGAGGUUGUCCAAUGGCUGCACAACAACCGGUCGGAAGGGUGCACCCAGGCGGCCGGUGAUUGGGCGGCCGGAAACGGCCACGCCGACGUCCUAACGUGGCUGCUCUCCAAGCGGCGGGUAGGGCACAGCCCUCGCGCCGUUGACUGGGCGACCAAGAACGGGUACUCGGACACGGUGGCCCUCCUCGAAGAACACCGAGACAGACAACAACGGUAG